GUUCUGCCAUUGCUCUCCACUGCAUCCCACGACUUUGUCUCCCGCCACGCGCGCGGCAGCUGGCAUUCCCGAGCUGGCCAAGUUCUUCGCUUGGUCCUACCCUGCCGAACUGGCGGGCGAGCUGCGGGGAAGGAUCAUAUCCGCUUUGAACGGUCCGGAGCGAGCUUUCUUGGAGUAUGGCGGCUAUGUCUACUUCGACAGCGAGCUAAAUGUCGUCGGCACAACCUCCAUCAGCCCCACAUCAGCUGGCACUGGUUUGAUCUUCGGGCGCCCAUUGCCUUUGGCGGAAGGUGUGGCCGCAGCACUUUUUCGACAAGGCCGUUUCCAGGAGGUGACUUUGGAAGCUCUGAAAAGCAAAGGUGCCACCCAUUUUGCCUGGCUGCGGCCAAAGGAGUUUGCAAGCCAUGGCUUAGAUUGUCCCAGUGGUGGGUUCGCCUACAAAUUUGAUAGCGGAGAGCAGCACAGGUACUUUCCACUGGCUGGAAAGCCGGUGCUGUCCGAUGCAGGGCUGCAGAAUGCAGUGACUCCCGAGAGUGCAUCAGUUUAG